AGAGAAAGAUCAGGAGCUGAGAGAACGCCCCCUGGUGUUGGUAGUGUUGAUGUCACUAUAGGAGGAGCUCUCUGUCCACUCACACCCAGUCCAACACUGGUCUGAUCCUCACCCUUCUCCUCUUCCUUUCCUCUACUCCUCUGGGAUUGACCUGACCCCUCUUCCUCUACUCCUCUUUCUAUCACUUCUUGGCCAUAGAGCCAUGCACCCCCAGCGUCCUCUCCCCCAGGCCAUGCCCUCCUCCCUCGGGCAGAACCUGCGUGACAUGGCCAUGGGCCUAGGCAGAGGGAAGAACUUACUGGGUGGGAACAUCGCCUACGGCUUCAUCCAGUCCCUCAAGGAGUGCCUCUACUUCGUACUCUGCUGCUGGUGCAUCAAGGAGAUACUGGACUGACUGACCGAUGACUGAGACACUACGAGAGGGAGAGAGAGGUACGAGGCUAUGAUGUUAUACGCAGCGUGUGAAGCGGUUGCCCAUGAUGCAGUUCUAUAUUCCUGUCUGGAGGCUUGAGAAACUGAUGUGCUGCCUAGUGUAUCGGAGGACCUCUGUUAUUCUCUGAUCCUGAGUCAGUCAGUCUGGAGACCUGCAGUGCAGUGUGUGUGGCAUCAUAUUAACACCAAUCAGCUGAUCAUAGACCUGUGGAGAAACCAAACCUGUGAGGCAGUGGACAUGGUUUUUGAUGCUGCUUAGGUCACAUUUAAUUCCAGGUUUUAUUCAUUUCUGUACAAUCUUAAUAUGCAAGGAAUAAAAAGGAUUGUAAUAUCUGAUUUUUUUGUCUGUGCUAUCAAAAGUCAGAUUGUG